UCUCAACGUGACUUCUGACGACGCUCUAACCUUCUCUCAUUUGACAAUAACAAUUCGACAAUAAACAAUUGUUGAUUGAAUAAUGAGAUAAAAGGGUAUAAUUAAUAACUUUUUGUAAAAAUGAUGGCAUCAACGAAUGAAUUCGGGCCAGAUUCAGGUGGAAGGGUCAAGGUAUAUUGAUAAUUAUGGGUUUGACAAUUGUCAAGCCACUAGUGUACGGCAACGUAGCUCGUUAUUUCGGAAAAAAGAGAGAGGAGGAUGGCCACACUCACCAGUGGACUGUUUACGUCAAGCCAUACAACAACGAGGAUAUGUCUGCAUACGUGAAAAAAGUGCAUUUCAAGUUGCACGAGAGUUACAACAAUCCAAAUAGAAUUGUCACGAAACCCCCGUAUGAGCUCACAGAGACGGGAUGGGGUGAAUUUGAAAUUGUCAUCAAAAUUUAUUUUCUGGAUCCCAACGAGCGACCGGUGACAAUCUACCACAUUCUGAAGCUAUUCCAAUCUUCCCCAGAAAUACAAACCGGAAAAAAGAAUCUAGUAUCAGAAUUUUACGAGGAAAUUGUUUUCCAAGAUCCAACGGCAUUGAUGCAACAUUUGUUAAGCACAACGAGGCCUAUGACACUGGGAGUUUGGAGACAUGAGACUGAUUUCGAGGCUAAGAAAGAAUCAGCGCUGAAGGCCAUCACAGAAGCGAGGAAUAAAAUCCGUCACGAGGUGGUCGAUCUCAAGGAGAAAUUGACAUUAGCUAAGGAGACUAUCGCCAAAUUCAAAGAGGAAAUUGCAAAGAUAUCGAAAGGUGGAGGCCCCACUACUGCUCAAUGAGUGGUGUCCUAAGGUGUAAAAUAUGUACAAUUACUUCGGUAUGAAUGACUACACUAAGCUCUUUAUAUUUAUAAAUUUUUGUAUGACUAAUUAAAUAUUACCAAUUUUUCAUUA